AUGGAUUACGCCCCCAUAGCCCUCCAAGCAACAGACGUUUUCCUUGAUAAACAUUUCCAUAAAAUCCCCGAUAAAGCAUUUAGGAAAGAAACCUACCGACCGCGCAUACCAUUUAAAGCAAGUAGGAAAAAGCGCAGAGAAGAAAAGGAAAGAAGGAACUCUCAAGAUCAGAGACCAAGUCAAAACGAACGAAGAGAUUCCCAAGAUCGAGGAGAGGAUAGGGAUAAGGGAUUGCAAAGAAGAGAAGAGGAACCGUAUAACGACCCGGAAAUCGAAGAAGCAGGCUACGAUUCCGAACCUGAUCAUUCUUCACGACAAAGAGAAAGAGGGAGAAAUAUAAGGGGUAGAGAUUGGGAUUGGAAAUCGAGAGGAGGCGAUAGGGAUCUUAGAGAUAUACCGAGACAUAGUGGUGCAGAUGCAAGUCAUGCAUAUGGGCAUGCAUAUGAAGAAUCCAAUCGUUCCAAUACAUCACCGCAACUACCCUACAGCCAACAACCACCACAUGUCCGUUCUGAAUAUCUCCCAAAAUAUGAUGGUCACCCACAAUUGGACACUGCUAGUCACAAUCCAUUAUACUCUCCUCCUCUGCCCAUAGCGCCAUCUCCGGCAUUGGGAUCUGGAUCGGGCAGAGAUAUAGAUGAAAGGGGGAAAUUUUAUGAUUCGGAUGAGAAAUACGAAGGAGAAAGAAUGCGCAGACCAAAACCUAUUCAGAGACGAAGUUCCUAUGACGAUAUUCACAGCCAACGAGUAUCCCAUUCCUCCAAGUUAGACCAAAGACUUUCCACUCGCGAUCAUAAUCAACAUCAAACUCAAAAUCGCAGACGAUCUAAUUGCAGUAAUAGCAAUUCAGAAAAAGAAAGCCAGAUGAAGAGUAUGAAAGAUAAAGAUCGCGCCGAACGCUACGGACUCAAAGAUGAAGUGAAAGGACUCUUUACCGAUUCUCCGAAGGGAUUGGCAGGAGGUGCAAUUGGUGCGUUGGUGGGGGGAUGGGCGACGGAGAAGUUUCAGAAGGGUAGGGGUAGGGAAAGGAGGGAUAUGGGGGAUCGGGCGAAAGUUAUUACGUUGUUGGGGGCUGUGGCGGGGGGUUUGGUGGGUAAUGCUGUGGUGGAUAGGUGGGAGGAUGGGAGGAGAUGA